AUGUCUGACGAUGUUGACUCCUCUUGCGCACCUCGGCUGGCAGAUGUAUUGAAGGCUAGGAUGUUACUAAUGGUAGGUGGCAUCGCCGGCCUGCAUAAGUUAUAUCUUGAGCAGGUUCCUGAAGCUUUUGUGUAUAUCUCUACUGGAGGAAUCUUUUUAUUGGGAACACUCUAUGACAGUUUCUACAUUGGACAACAAGUAGAUCUUUAUAAUAUGCUGAAACUUGGCGAAGGCGAAGAGUUGAAAAAAUACAAAAAUGGUAGAUUGAUGGCAAAUCUUUCGCGGAUAGUUCCAUUCUCUAUACCACGGUUUAUGGCGUCGGUAGCAUACGCUGUCUGGCUA